CCCUUCAGUUUUCUUACUGCCCCUGUAUAUAUGUGACCUAGAGUAUUUUCGGCAAACUGGAGCAACCCGAUUAGUUUCAUAUAUACUGAUAGUGGUUCUGUUGUCGUCAAGCGCGAAACGGACAGCACGACAACAACCACUAUCAGUUGGCUAGAUUGGAGAGACAUUGUCAUUUUGUAAACAUCUAACUACAUAUAGGUUAUUACAGUAUUGCAACAGAUAGUUCAACAAAGGCUGAUUCAUUCCUUACGCCAUCGUGAAAUCUGAAAGUGAAACUCGCGGGCGUUUUGUCACCAGAAGGGUGAGAAAGCAGAAGAAACACGAUUGCACGGGUGAGGUAACGUUAGGCUUGUAUUUGGACUUCAGACUAAUGAAGCGCGACCACCUAACAGGCAGGAACAUAGGGCUCCCUUUAUUUACGAUUGUCUGGGUGUGACCCUCGAGGUUUUUUUUUUUCUAUGAGAGACCUAAUGCCAGCCACUUCUGAAGAGCAGCAGUGCCUCUAAAAUGAGUUUCUAUGAGAAGAAAGAGGAAGGAGUUUCUGUUCAGGCCAAAAGAGCAGGAACUCCAGAACCCAGCUGUGUGUCUCUGAAGAGUGAUGUAUCUAUGGGCAUGCCACCUGAAUUCAGUGGUGAAGCAGUGACCUCUGACCCCAAGGGUUUGCUCCAGGUUCGUUCCAAAUGUGGAGUGUGUGAGCAGGUUCUGAGAGACCCAGUCUCUAUUACCUGUAGACAUACUUUCUGCAAACAGUGUAUCAGCUGCUACUGGACUAAAUCCAGUCCAUCAGACUUUGACUGUCCUCAGUGCAGGAAGAGAUCUAGAACACGGCCCGUUCUACAAACAGAUAAAGUUUCAGGAGGAUCCAAUUCUGCUGGUUCUGCUCUCUGUUACACACAAGCAAUCCUGCUAAAGGAGUCUAAAAACCUGCAGCAGGAUUCUCUGGUGGAUGAUGUCCUGCAGAGAGUCAAAGAGAGACACAAAACCAGCAUGAGGAACAAGUAUGAGAACUUAUUUGAGGGAAACAAACUACAGGAGAAUCAAACCCUCCUGAACAGGAUCUACACACAGCUCUAUAUCAUAGAGGGAGAAAGUGAAGGGGUAAAUAAAGAACAUGAAGUGUUACAGAUGGAGAAAACACCCAGGACACAACAUUCUCAAAUCCACUGCAAUGACAUCUUUAAAUCCUUAACUGAACUAGGAUGUGAGGGGAAGAGAAGAGAGGGGAGUGACAAAAUAAAGACUGUUCUUACUAAAGGCAUUGCUGGAAUUGGAAAAACAGUCUCUGUGCAGAAGUUUAUUCUGGACUGGGCAGAGGGAAGAGCGAAUCAGGAUGUAGACUUCAUGUUUGUGCUUCCAUUUCGAGAGCUGAACUUGAUUAAAGAUUAUCAGUACAGUAUUCACAAACUUUUGCUUGACUUUCUUCCUGAACUUCAUGAUCUAGACUCAAAUAUUUAUGAUGAAUGUAAAGUUGUGUUUAUAUUUGAUGGUCUGGAUGAAAGCAGAAUUACACUGAUGUUUUCAGACAAACAGAAAGUUUGUGAUGUGAAUGAGUUUUCAUCCGUGGGUGUGUUGAUGUCAAACCUCAUCAGAGGAGAGCUGCUUCCUUCUGCUCUCAUCUGGGUCACUUCCAGACCAGCAGCAGCCAAUCAGAUCCCUUCAGAAUGCAUUAACCGGGUGACGGAAAUUCAGGGAUUCAAUGACCCUCAGAAGGAGGAAUAUUUCAAGAAAAGGAUCAGCGAUCAGCAUCAAGCUAGCAGAAUCAUCUCACACAUCAGAAGGUCAAAAAGCCUCCACAUAAUGUGCCACAUACCCGUCUUCUGUUGGGUCUCAUCCACUGUGCUUCAAAAUAUGCUGAAACAGGAUGACAGUGCAGUUAUCCCUCAAACUCUGACUGAAAUGUACAUCCACUUUCUGCUCAUUCAGAUAAACAUCAGGAAUCAGAAGUAUGAUGAGAGAGAUCCAGGUAAACUCCUGCAGUUCAACAGAGAAGUGAUUUUGAAACUUGCUGAACUUGCUUUCAAACAACUGAAGAAGGGCAACAUCAUGUUCUAUGAAGAGGAUCUGAGAGAGUGUGGCAUAGAUGUCAUUGAUGCCUCUGUGUAUUCUGGGAUUUGUACCGAGAUAUUUAAAGAGGAAUCUGUGAUUCAUCAGAGGAAAGUCUACUGCUUCAUGCAUCUCAGCUUUCAGGAGUUUCUGGCAGCUGUUUAUGUGUUUUACUGUUAUGUAAUUAACACUGUGGAGGCACUAAGGUUUUUUAAUUCCCUGCAUAAUUUGCUCAGAGGAGCUGUAGAUAAAGCCUUAGAAAGCGAGAAUGGACACCUGGAUCUUUUCCUCCGGUUCCUGCUGGGCAUCUCGCUGGAGUCCAAUCAGAAACUCUUAAAGGAUCUACUGACCAACACUCACAGCUGUUCAAGGAGCAUUGAGAAAACAACUGCUUGUAUUAAAGACAAAAUUAAGCAUGGACAUAAUCUUUCGGCUGAUAGAUCCAUCAAUCUUUUUCUUUGUCUCUUUGAAAUGAAAGAUCAUACUCUGUAUAGAGAGAUCCAGGAGUUUCUGAAAUCAGACAAAUGCUCAGAGAAGAAACUCUCUUCUGCACUUUGCUCAACAAUUGCCUACAUGUUGCAGAUGUCAGAGGAGGUGCUGGAGGAACUUAAUCCCAAGAAAUUUAAUACAACAGAAGAAGGUCGAAGAAAACUCUUACCAGCUGUGAAGAACUGCCGAAAAGCUAUUCUUGCUGACUGUAAUCUCACUGAUAAAUCUUGUGAGAUUGUGGCCUCAGCUCUACAGUCAUCAAACUCCGUACUGAGAGAGCUGGACCUGAGUAACAAUGACCUGCAGGAUUCAGGAGUGAAGCUUCUCUCUGAUGGACUGAAGAGUCCAAACUGUCAAUUAGAAAAACUGAGAUUAUCUGGGUGUAUGGUGACAGAGGAAGGCUGCUGUUGUCUGGCCUCAGCUCUGAGUUCAAAUCCCUCACACCUGAGAGAGUUGGAUCUGAGCUACAAUUACCCAGGGCACUCCGGAGUCAAGAUGCUCUCAGAUCGACUGAACCUUCCAAACAGCACACUGGAGAUACUCAAUUUAGACCAUGGAGAGUCCUUCAGGAUCACACCAGGACUGCGGAAAUAUGCCUGUGAUCUCACAUUCGAUCUAAACACAGUAAACACUCAUCUCAUUCUGUCUGAGAACAACAAAAAGGCAACAUAUUUGGAAGAGGAGCAGCCAUAUCCUGAUCAUCCAGAAAGAUUUGAGCACUACGAGCAGGUUCUGUGUGCAGAGAGUCUGACUGGACGCUGUUACUGGGAGGCUGAAUGGAGUGGCUGGAGUCAUAUAGCAGUCACAUAUCGAGGUAUCAACAGGAAAGGAGGGAGCGACUGCAGGUUUGGACUCAAUGAAAAGUCCUGGAGUCUGGUCUGCUCUGGUAAAAAUUACUAUGCCAGGCACAAUAAUGCAAGAACUGACAUACCCGCACCCUCGUCAUGUUCUAACAUCAUAGGAGUGUACCUAGAUCAGCCAGCUGGCUCUUUGUCUUUUUACAGCGUUUCCUCUGAAACAGGCAAAAUGAUCCACAUUUACACCUUCCACUGCACAUUCGCUGAGCCCCUCUAUGCAGGAUUUGGUGUUGGGGUUGACGGUGGCUCUUCAGUGUGUUUAUGUGAAAUAUAGAAGAUGUAAGGCAAAUGUGUCAGCUCUGUGCACCAUGCACAAAGAAACGCUUGUCAGUGACAUUUCAGAGAGAGUUUAAUGUACUUGAGAAGUGUUUUCUCCCAGAACAUAACUUAAAUUUGACUGCUAUAUUCUUAUUUUUAAAUAAGUGUAUAUAAAUAACUUCAUGCUUGUAUUUCCAUUUUGCAUCCUAAGUCUGUUAAACGUUAUUUUAUAUAUUCAUGUCAAACAGACAGAGCGCAACAGAGAAAAUUCAGUGCAAUAAUGUUAACUAUUUCUUGUUGGAUGUUACAUUUAGUUAUUAUAAUAUAAUUGAAAUACUACUGUUAGAAGUGUCUUAUUUACAGAGAAAAGAAGUGUCAUAGUAACAUUUUCAUCCUGAUCAUCAUUUUGUAUAUAAACUAUAAGAACAUGAAGUAGACAUUAUCUAUUCUUGAUCAUGUGUUGCACCUGUGGACCUAGGUAAAAAACAUUUAUAAACAUUUAUAACACACA